GCAACAAUCAACACAAGGUGGCGAAAUUCGAAUCCCGAGUGAGCCCCAUUGAAUCUAUUCCUAUGGCAACUAUAAGCAAUGGGAACGGAUCAACGAUACACGUCAAUACGCGACCGGAUGAUAUACAAAAUCGCAUCAUUGGCGCGGAAGACAGUAUACAAGAGGACACUAAUACCUGCAGAAAUAUUUUGGUGGCACUGUCAUGGGUUAUCGUGGUCUUAACGAUGCCAUUUUCUCUGUUUAUCUGCUUUAAGGUAGUGCAAGAAUACGAAAGAGCUGUGAUAUUUCGUUUGGGACGUCUUCUCUCAGGCGGUGCUAAAGGACCUGGUAUUUUCUUUAUCCUGCCUUGCGUGGACAAUUAUGCUCGCGUCGACUUACGAACGCGGACAUACGACGUUCCGCCGCAAGAGGUGUUGACGAAAGACAGCGUGACAGUGUCCGUCGAUGCAGUGGUGUACUACCGUGUAAACAACGCGACAAUUUCAAUAGCGAACGUCGAGAAUGCUCACCAUAGCACCAGACUACUAGCACAGACCACGCUCCGGAACACUAUGGGAACCAGACCGCUUCACGAGAUUCUUAGCGAGCGCGAAACUAUUUCCGGAAACAUGCAGGUGUCUUUGGACGAAGCUACCGACACAUGGGGAAUUAAAGUCGAACGCGUCGAAAUCAAAGACGUGAGGCUGCCGGUCCAGUUGCAGAGAGCCAUGGCUGCGGAGGCUGAAGCUGCUCGCGAAGCUCGCGCAAAGGUGAUUGCAGCUGAAGGAGAGCAGAAAGCUAGCCGCGCAUUGAGGGAGGCUUCGGAGGUUAUAGGAGAUUCUCCUGCCGCGUUGCAGCUUCGUUAUUUACAGACUCUGAACACUAUUUCGGCAGAAAAAAAUUCGACGAUCGUAUUCCCGUUGCCUAUCGAUCUACUUACUUAUUUCAUGAAAGCGGGUGUCGCGAAGGACUCUUAAUCGCGAUA